UGCCGUCGGUGUUAGUGUCCGGUAAGUCAGGUAACCGUGCUGCUUAUACGCUCGUCCCACGCGGCUGUUACUGCCAUGGCGAGAGACGUGAGGACUUUCGCCGUGUUAGACUACGUGGUCUUCGCCACGUCCCUGCUGGUGGCUGCUAGUAUAGGGCUGUACUACGCCUUCACGGGCGGCAGGCAGCGCACGACGAAGGAGUUCCUACAGGCGAACAAGAACAUGCCGAUAAUGCCUGUCGUCUUCUCCAUGGUGGCCACCUUCCUGUCGACGAUCGGGAUUCUGGGAGCACCGUCGGAGAUGUAUAAUUUCGGCACGCUUCUAUCGUGGUCCUACUUCGGACCGAUCGUCGCCGUACCGAUUUGCGCACACCUGUACCUGCCCAUCUUUUACAAACUGGAAACGGUUAGCAUAUAUGAGUACUUCCAGUACGGCUUCGGACACGACAAUACGAAAUCAAUCAUGAAUUAUCUUACGGGGCUAUCGAUGGCAGCAUCUAUAUUAAGCAGCGGCGCAAUUUGCACCUUCUACACUACAAUCGGAGGAAUGAAAGCAGUGUUAUGGACGGACACGUUCCAAAUCUUCGUCAUUUUGGCCAGCGUAGCGACGAUCAUGAUGAAAGGCACGCUACAGAUCGGGGGUAUCGAGGACGUGUGGCGAAUAGCCGAUAAAGGCGGUCGACUUCGAUGGUUCGAGUUUCCAGCGGAUCCGACCGUAAGAAUGACGACUCUGGGUGCGAUCAGUGGCGGCAUGUUCACUGUGUUUAGUUUGAAUGCUGCCAGCCAGGCUAUGCUGCAGCGAAACAUGACGGUUAAAACGCUCCCCAAAGCCAAACUAACCAUGUAUCUAUAUGGCAUUGGGUACGUAGUUGCCUUUAAUGCGCUGUGCUUACUUGGACUUAUCAUCUAUGCUAACUAUCACGACUGUGACCCUAUGCUCACAGGAUUGAUCAACCGUCCUGAUCAGAUACUGCCUUUGUUUGUCAUGGACACGGUCGGUCAUCUCCGUGGUCUUCCUGGACUGUUCCUGUCCGCUCUGUUUAGCGCGGCGAUAAGUACCGUAUCCAGUGGGGUAAACUCUCUCGCAGCCGUAGGGUUGCAGGACAUUAUUCGGCCUGUGUACUAUAAGCGUACAGGCUUGCAACUGAGCGAGGUCGUAGCAACACGAUGUGCGAAAGGAAUGGCUGUGUUUUUAGGACUCCUUACAAUAGCACUUGCAUUUCUCGCGUCGUUGUUUAGUGCUACCGUUAUCCAGCUGGUCUUUACGAUCUACGGUAUCGCCGGUGGUCCAUUAUUCGCUCUCUUCACUCUCGGAAUGUCCGUGCCGUUUGCAAACGAAUGGGGCGCUGGUGCCGGCACCUUAGUUUCGCUUAUUUUCGGAAUGUGGAUCGGCUUUGGUCGUGUCUUCAACAAGGCGCCGAAAGUGACGCUAGCGCGGACCAUUGAGGGAUGUGUUAACAACAUCACUACACUGAUACAAUACAACGUCAGUGCACACAACACUGCUACCUCGACCACCACACUGGGGCCCAUCGCAUCGACGAUCAUUGACCAGUCCAAAGCAAUAUCGUGGAAUGAGUACGUCUACGAAGCAAAACCGGUUGAUCAACUUUACAAGGUAUCUCACAUGUGGUACGGAUUACUGGCCUUUGUCAUUGUUAUGGUCGUCGGAAUUGUAAUCAGCCUGUUCACAGGAGGUCUUGAUCAGGAGGUGGAUGACCGCCUUCUCUUCGCACACGUCAGGCCUCUGCAGAGAUGGAUCAGAAAAAGACGCGGACCGCCGCGCAAGACCUAUAUAUUUUAUAACGAGUUGCAGGAAAAUGAGCACGUCACUAACAAACCAGCAGCCAACGCGUUGAAGACGUCAGUGAAGCAAAACACCGAAUACAAAGGCAACGGCGCCAUUGAAUAUCACGAUGAUGACGGCAACCACAUGAACCGUACCAAUAACAUCACUAAACUCUAAGCUACAGAGAUUAUAGAUGCGUGCAAUUACCAAAUAGCAAUGUCACGAGAAGUUCUUAUAUCGCGUUUACAAGCAACAAUCGCGAGACCACUGUGUACGUAUAGAAGAAGUGAUUAGAAGAAUUCGAACGUACUUAGUCUAUUACUACAGCUAUAUAUAGAGAUACGACAACGUAACACUGUUGUAACCGUCCGGCUACGUUGUCUGCCGUCGAGUGUUGUCGAUUUAAAACUGUUUUAGCGAGAAAUACGCACACAUAGUCUUGUUUACAUUUGUUCUUUAUUCUCUACUGUACAUGGUUGUGGCUGCGUGGUUUUAACUGAAAUUACAAAGAAAAAUAUGCCAAGCGUUAACAAUGUUAGCUAUAACAAGUGUUACAUGGGUAGCAAACAAACCGUUAUAAUAAUUUACCACAAACUAUAAUGUAUUUACUAUUAUAUGUGUUACUUACAUCGCUGAGAUGUCUGGGUGUCUAUGGAAAUAUCGUUGUCUUAAUAAAUAACAUGUCGCGCACACUGAUACGUGA